AAUAAUUAAAAAAAAAGUCGUAUUCGUUGUCGCCAUUUUGAACAAUUUUUCUGUAAUUUAAAAAUUGUACAUAAAUUCCAGGGAUAAAUCGUGUCUCAUUUAUUUAUGUGUUAAAAAAUAUGUCUAAGCGCAGGAUAGAAGUAAUGGAUCCCUUUAUCAAGAAAAAAAGGGAAGAGAAAGCAGCAGCCGCAGCUAAAUCUGGUGGCAGUGGAGAGUCAUCAUCAGAUUCAGCAGUGGCUACACUUGGCACAGCCUUAGCGCCAACAUCUACUAGCACCCCCGGCAUCAACCCCUACACAGGUCUACCACAUUCAACUCGCUAUCACGAAUUACUUCGGCGGCGUCUCGGCCUUCCCGUUUGGGAAUACAAAAAUGACUUCAUGAGACUCCUCAACACCCAUCAGUGUGUUGUACUUGUUGGUGAAACUGGAUCGGGGAAGACAACGCAGAUCCCUCAAUGGUCUGUGGAAUUUGCAGCAGUCACUGCUGGCAAGUCCAAAGGAGUUGCUUGUACACAGCCGAGAAGAGUAGCAGCCAUGUCGGUGGCUCAAAGAGUUGCUGAAGAAAUGGAUGUAGCUUUAGGGCAGCAAGUUGGUUACAGUAUUCGUUUUGAAGAUUGCUCAGGACCGCAGACAGUGCUUAAAUACAUGACUGAUGGUAUGUUGCUUCGUGAAGCAAUGUCUGACCCAAUGCUCGAACAGUACAGAGUGAUUUUACUUGACGAGGCCCAUGAAAGGACACUAGCUACAGAUAUACUGAUGGGUGUUUUAAAAGAAGUUAUUAAACAAAGGCCAGAUUUGAAGCUAGUUAUUAUGUCAGCCACUUUGGAUGCUGGCAAAUUUCAGCAGUACUUUGACAAUGCGCCACUUAUGAAUGUACCUGGUAGAACCCAUCCUGUAGAGAUCUUCUACACUCCUCAACCAGAAAGAGACUAUUUGGAAGCAGCAAUUCGAACAGUAGUGCAAAUUCACUUAUGUGAAGAGAUAGCAGGAGACAUACUUCUUUUCUUAACGGGCCAAGAGGAGAUAGAAGAUGCCUGUAAGCGAAUAAAGCGUGAAAUAGAUAAUUUGGGUCCUGAUGCUGGAGAGUUAAAAUGCAUACCAUUAUAUUCUACAUUGCCACCGAAUUUGCAGCAAAGAAUUUUCGAGCCAGCCCCCCCAAACCGUGCCAAUGGUGCCAUAGGACGAAAGGUUGUAGUGUCUACAAAUAUAGCGGAAACGUCAUUGACUAUAGAUGGUGUAGUGUUUGUAAUUGAUCCUGGUUUUGCCAAACAAAAAGUAUACAAUCCUCGGAUAAGAGUAGAAUCUUUGCUGGUAUCACCUAUCAGUAAGGCAUCUGCUCAGCAAAGAGCAGGACGCGCCGGCAGAACCAAACCUGGGAAAUGCUUCAGGCUCUACACAGAGAAAGCAUACAAGAAUGAGAUGCAGGAGAACACUUAUCCGGAGAUUUUGAGAUCAAACUUAGGAUCUGUAGUUUUGCAGUUGAAAAAGCUGGGCAUUGAUGACUUGGUGCAUUUCGACUUCAUGGACCCGCCGGCGCCCGAGACUCUCAUGCGGGCCUUGGAGCUUCUGAACUAUCUGGCCGCUCUCGAUGACGAUGGAAACCUGACGGACCUGGGCGCUGUGAUGGCCGAGUUCCCAUUGGACCCCCAGCUCGCCAAGAUGCUGAUAGCCAGCUGCAACCACAACUGCUCCAACGAGAUCCUGUCCAUUACCGCCAUGCUUUCCGUGCCACAAUGCUUCGUGCGACCGAACGAGGCGCGCAAAGCCGCGGACGAAGCCAAGAUGCGGUUUGCGCACAUCGACGGAGACCACCUCACGCUGCUCAAUGUCUACCACGCCUUCAAACAGAAUAUGGAAGAUCCUCACUGGUGUUACGACAACUUCAUAAACUACCGUUCUCUCAAGUCCGGAGACAAUGUCAGACAACAGCUCAGCCGGAUCAUGGACAGGUUCAGUCUCAAACGGACAAGUACAGAGUUUACAAGUAAGGACUACUAUAUUAACAUCAGGAAAGCUCUCGUCAAUGGUUUCUUCAUGCAGGUAGCACACUUGGAGAGAACGGGCCACUACCUCACGGUGAAAGACAACCAGAUAGUGCAGCUCCAUCCGUCCACAUGUCUGGACCACAAGCCGGACUGGGUGCUGUACAAUGAGUUCGUGCUCACCACUAAGAAUUACAUUCGUACUGUGACUGAUAUCAAACCUGAAUGGUUACUGAAGAUAGCACCACAGUACUACGAGCUGAACAACUUCCCUCAGUGUGAGGCUCGGAGACAACUUGAGCUGCUGCAAGCCAGGCUAGAAUCCAAGUCAUACCAGGAAGGUUUCUAAAGUGAUGGUUACAAACUGAUAGUGACUGUGAUGUGAACGAGUGAAUUAGUGACAUAUAUGUUAUCCGGUGAAGCAGAGAGAUACCACACUCUAAAUAUUGUAUGUGUGUUUUGAUUACCUUGAGAACCACUGUUUCAAACCUGUAUUUUAAUGCACUAUGUUAAAUAGAAAUAUUUUUUGUUUUAAGAUAAGGAACAGUUAAGGAUUAAAUAUGAAUAAUGCUUGGAAAUAUUAUAA